AUGGGGGGUGAGCAGGUGUGUGGGGACCAGGCGGGUCACCAGGUCCUGAGCUGCCAAGACCCCAGUGCCCAGGGCUGGGUUCUGCUCCCUAGCGGGGAGGCCCGGCCGCCGCCCCAGAUGACCCAUUCCUCAGAGGGCACACCUGCCAGACCAGUGCCACCAGGAAGGACAGUGACUGGCAGCCAGCCGGGAGGAGGGGGCAAAGCAGCUCCCGCUGGACAGAAGCGCUCAGAGCCUCACAGCCUGGUGGUGCCCAGCCUCGAGGACCAUGCUCAGGCCUUGCUGACGACCCCCAGCCCCCAGCUCAGAGUCCUGUCGUCGGGCCAGCAGGUGUGGCGUACGGCCGUGCCAGCCCCUGGUCGCACCAGCCCCAUGGCCCCUGUGCCCGGGUCCCCCAGCACCCCUGGCUCGGAGAAGGCGGCCUCCCCGCUGGAGUGCUCCAUCUGCUUCUCGGGCUAUGACAACAUCUUCAAGACGCCCAAGGAGCUCUCCUGCACACACGUCUUCUGCCUGGAGUGCCUGGCACGGCUGGCGGCCGCCCAGCCCACAGGCCGGCCCGGCGCUGAGGCUGUGCCCUGCCCCUUCUGCCGGCAGCCCACGGCGAUGCCGGCUGCCGGGGCCCCCGCGCUGCGCACCAGCCGCCAGCUGCAGGCCAGGAUGGCGGCACACCUGCGGCGGGAGGAGCCCGUGUGGCUGGAGGGCACCAAGCUCUGCUGCCGCCCGCCGCCCGCCACCCCCGGCCUCCCGGCGCCUGGCUUCGUGUGCGUGGACGUGAGCCUGAGCAAGCCCGCGGAACCCGCUGCGCCCCCGCCCGCCCCGCGCCCUGCCCGCCCCCGGGGCCGUCUGGCCCGCUGCUGGGCGCGCUGCAGGGACUGGAGGCGGGUGGCUCUGGUCGCUGCCCUGCUGCUGGUGCUCUUCUGUGUGGUGCUCUGGCCCGUGCAGUGCGCGCUCAAGACCGGGAACUUGCGCUGCCUCCCCCGGCCGCCUGCCACCGCGGCCACCGCCGCCUUCUCUCCUGGACCGCUGGCCGACAACUAG